AUGUUUUCAAAUAAAAGCCUUGUAGCAUGCGUUAUAGUUAUUAUAUUAUGGAUUCAUAUUUUAUUCGUAGAUACAAGGGUACCAACGCUUAAAGAGGAAUACCAGCCUCCAAGGGAUUAUAGACCUUCAAAGUGGAUAUCAAAUAGUGCUCUUGACGUGUGGUAUGGAAACAAGAGUAUGGUUGAAAUAAUCUCUCGAGAGUUCAGUCAGAUCGUUGAUAGAAUAGCGAAUAGACCUGUGAGAUCAAAUGAAAAGCUUAAGCUGAAAAGUUUUCCUUAUAAUAACUCAAUAGCGAAGGGAAUGCGUCAAUUUGCUAAGAAAUGAAUUUGUAGUAAAACGUUUAAAUAAAGUAUAUUUUAUAAGUUUGUGUACCUUUUUUUUAAAAUUUAUCGUUAAAAUGUCAGAAAAAUGCUUUGAAAAUCCAAAUAUAAUUUUAAAUGCAGUCAAAGAAGUCUUGGCGUGGAAGUAAAUUUCUCAAUAUCCGGCUGUACCAAUGGAUUGAUCAUUUUUAUGCACAGGUAAUAUUUACUCCACCCAAAAACCAAUACAGAAAUUUGAGGCCACGACGAAUGCUUGGCGAUGGUAAAAUAAGUCUUGAUGUUAAAUCUCCCUUAUGUAUGCUUCAACAAAAGUACACACAGAAAACAAUGCUCUGAUCGGCUUUGAUGUGAAAAAAUGACCUAUUUGAAAAUUUCAAAGCUCGACACAAGCAGCGCCAAGGACACUUAAGCUU